AAACAAACAGAACCCAGAUGAUUCCUGAGGGAAUUUGCCACUCAAACAUACAGGCACGCUUCCUCAGCUACAGAGAAGCCAGUGUAAAGGGGAGACUGUGAGUGGAAUGAAGGAAAAGAGGAGGAGAUAAAGGAGCAGAGACUGGCUGGGGGUGAAAAAACAACAGGAAACUGACCGGUUCUAAUGCUGUUUCUGCAAAUCCUUCACAGAUAAAGCAGCAGUCUGCCACGUCCAAGCAAAACAGCACGUAUGUUCUCCUCAAAAUGUUGUCUUGAACUCAUGACAACCUAAAGGACUUAAAGCUGAAAAUGUGACGUCACUUCUGCUCUCAGCCUCCGACCGUGCUGUGGUUAGUCAGAAUGUGAGCGGAUGCAGACAUUUGGGAGCUGAUUGCUGGGAUUUUCUAUGCGGCUGCUUUUUUGACCCACAAACUCAACCUUUCUCAGGGUCAUAUGGAUCGAUCGGCGAGCUUCCAGGGAUCUGUUUGUUUUAAUCAUCUGGACCACUAACUGGAGCCACAUGAAGAAUAAAGGGAAUAAGCUCAAGUCCAAAAAGAAAGGGAGUGAAAAUGCGUUCGGCUGUGACCUGACAGAACAUCUCCAGAACUCCGGACAAGAUGUUCCUCAGGUUCUGAUUAAAUGUGCAGAGUUCAUCGAGGAGCAUGGGGUGGUGGACGGGAUCUACAGACUGUCGGGGGUCACCUCAAAUAUCCAGCGCCUCAGGCAGGAAUUCAGCUCCGGCUCCGAGGCGUGCCCUGACCUUACAAAGGAAGUGUACCUCCAGGACAUCCACUGUGUGGGUUCCUUAUGUAAGCUGUACUUCAGGGAGCUUCCCAAUCCUCUGCUCACAUACGAGCUUUACAGCAAGUUCACUGACGCGGCCUCGGUCAAGGGGGAUCAUGAGAGGCUAUUACACAUUCAGAGGGUCAUCAAAGAACUGCCCACUCCUCAUUUCAGGACUCUGGAGUACCUCACUAAGCACUUGACCCACCUCGCCACCUUAAGCACCCAGACUAACAUGCAUACACGUAACCUGGCUCUGGUUUGGGCUCCAAAUCUGUUAAGAUCUAAAGACAUAGAGACGUCAUCAGCGAAUGGCGACAUGGCUUUCCAGGAGGUGCGAAUCCAACAGUCGGUGGUUGAGUUCAUUCUGAAUCACACAGAGCAGAUCUUCAGCAGCAAUUCUGUGCAAAUCAAACCCAAAGAAGGUCUGAUGUGUGGGGAGAAGUAUGCCACACUCCCGAUCAGUACUCAGGGUGGGCCGAUGAAACUGAUGAGCCUGGAGGAAGCUCAGGCCCGUUCUUUAGGUCCAAACCAUCCUGUACAUAGAGAACGCCAGCGGGAGAACAGCCUGCCUGACACCAGCACCGCCAUGCUCUACCACACCGUCAUAGACAUGUCUGACAGCAAGAGAAAGUUUUCUGGGAAAUCAAAGAAGUGGAAGUCCAUUUUCAACCUGGGACGCUCUGUGGACACCAAGGGGAAACUGAGCCGGAAUGGCAGUGUGUUCAUAAGAGGCCAGGGGAUGAAAGAAAAGGCAGCUCUUCGUCCGUCCAGAAGCAUGGAGUCCUUGUGCUCCUUACCAACAGAUGAUGACAGAGCAGGAAGCAACAGUCCAGCUGGUGGAGCCGGCAGCAAUUUUGUUCCAGAUGUUAAAUCCCGAACUCUGGGUUCUGACUCGCUCUAUGACCUCAGUGAACACGACCAAACCUGGGAGUUUAAAGGGAACAAAGCGGGCGGGGCCACUGGGGGAUGGACCUCUUCCAUGAAUGACAAGGGGUCACAAGGUGCCUCUGCAGCCCCUCAGAAAACACUACCAGAGCAACUGAAGGUGUUCAAAGGUGACGACCUCAGCGGCUACCGGCCCACCUCUCCUAAAAAUAGAAGGAUGUUGUACUCGGGCUCCUCUCACAACAGCUCCUCUCGACCCUCCUUUCCUGGUAGUUUCUUUCCACUUGAGUCCUCUCCCAGGCAUCAGCGUCGAGCCAUCAACAUAUCUGAGCCUUUCGCGGUGUCCGUGCCGCUGCGAGUGUCAGCCGUUAUCAGCACCAACAGCACGCCAUGCAGGGGGCCGGCCAAGGACAAAGCGUCCACUCUGAAACCCAAAGAGAGCUCCGAGCAGAGCGGCAGCAGUGGAAAGAGCAACACUUUCCCCCAACUGGAAGCAAAGAAGCAGGAAGGAACAGAGAAGAAAAACACAGAGGAGGAGACCUCUGGAGUCACGCCACAGGAUAAAAGCAAAGAAGUGGUGCAAGAAGGCCAAGAAGGGAUGAACAUUUCUGAACUGGAACCACACUCCCUUGAAAAUGCAUCACAAGGAAGAGAAACAGCGCCAUCUCCUGGUGCAGAACCGCAAAUCCAGCCUGUAGCUGGGAAACUGGACAAAAGAUAUUCUUCUGGGACAGAGCCUUGGCCUGACCUCAAGAAGGAGCUGAAAAUAAUUGAACCUGAGAUUGACCUGCUUGAUAAGACCUUCAAACCUGUUUUUGGCUUCAAGAGCACCUGUGAGGGAACAAAGUUAACAGCGGACGUAAAGUCAAAGCGAAGUCGCAGCUCCCCUUCACUGUCUCUGUUAUUUAGGGAGCAGUCUUCAAAUACCUCUUUGAGUGAUCUCGCGGCUGCAGGCGGAUCAAACCCUGCGAAGAAACAGCCCUCGGAGUCUGACAUCUCGUUUUCUCCCAAAACAAUUCAGUUAAAUGUCUGCACUGCUCACACGGCGCAAGAGAAACCGCAACCAAAACUUGCCCCCUCAAACAAAGAAGACACAGCUGACACCAAACAGAGCCAGCCUCCUUUAAAGGAAACCUCUUUGGAAACGUUUCUAAGUCCUUUGACGAUAGAGGAAACCUCAACGGUCGAAGGCUCCUCAGCAGCAGAUAAAACUGAGAAACAUGAAACUUCUAAAGACAAAAUCUUUUCCUGUCAUGGAGCAAAGAAGAGUGGGAUUCCAGAGCUGGAAGUCAUUCAGAGGCUCUCAGUGUGUUUGGAAGAGAGACGUAAGACCCUGGAGCUGCCGAUCCUCGACAAGGACGAUGGAAGCGGAGGACACUCAGAGGAGCUGGACUUGGAGGAGCCCUGGGAUGAUCUUAGUUCCACCAAGCAGUGGGUCACUAGUCCCCUCCAUUCACCAGACAUAGAGAAGCUGUUUAACCAGCUCUCACCGUUCAGUUCUCACCUGGAAACUCUGAGCUCAGAGGAAGGGGAGAUUUCCUCUCCUUCGUCUGAUGGGAACAAACAAUCUGUCAUUAAGAGCAGUGAGAACGUCUCAGGAAACCCUCCUCAGACCACCAGCUCCAAACCAGAGACUCACUGGAUGUAUUUUCCGUCGGUGCCGACACGGGUUCGUGCGAACAGCAGCAAUGAAAGUCAACUUCACGCAGGAAAAUGUAGCUCGACAAAACAGAAGAACACAGCAUCAUCUCAGAGGUUUUACAGACAGAUGUCGCACGAGGCAGCCGCUUCAGAGAGAAGGGAGGACAACUGCUUCUCUAAACACCGGCCAUACUCGCUCAAUUUAGAUCUUGGGCAGCGGUGCAUCAGGGACAUUUCUAAUCAGCAGAACCGAAACUCAUCAGAGUUUUCCUACGGCAAGAAGGGGUUGCAGACUUCUUCUGGGACUGUCAACAACGGGCUGCCCUCGGAGCUGGAGUUGUUCCUGAGUGACCGUCAGGCACCUCUGCGCCGGAACUCAGCCCCGGUCAGCGUGUCGUCAGUGAGGACAGCCUUCAUGAUAAAAACAUGCCAGGCCAAAGCCGUGCCCGUCGUCCCUCCCAAGGUGCAGUACAGUCAGAUACCUCACUCCAGACAUGAGAGUGACUUUCAUGCAGUGAAGGAGCAAGAAAAGGAGCGUCCGAAAAUGAACGCAGAGAAGAGCAUCAGCCUGCCUGCUCCCGGGAUGUCCGACCUGAGGGAGGAGCUGGAGAAUAAAAAGCCUCUCCUCAAACAUCAAAAACACGCGAAUUUGGGGAGUAGCACCGACUCUGUAAAGACACCGUCCGCUGCAGAUCAGCCGGUCAUAAGGAGGAGACACGCGCCCAGUCUGGAGGUGUUUGUAGAUUGUCCCAGACCUGCCAGAGGGAACGUUUUACAAAGACCGUCCUUCAGGAACCGUCAGAGACCUCAGAGUCUAAUCCUGUUCAGCCCUCCUUUCCCCAUCAUGGACUACCCGCCGUCAGGGGACGACAGCAGGCUCCUCUCGUCCAUCAAGAGUCUGAAUGAUGCGUCAGCGGAGAAUGUGUUCACCAAAGAGAUGCCGGAGGGGAUCCCUCUUCAAAGUAAAAUGACGAUUCCAAAAAGUGGGCAGAGACUAGAAACAUCGACCAGCUGCUUCUACCAGCCACAGAGGAGGUCCAUGAUAUUCGACAGCAGGAGCCACCGACAGAACGAGUGACUGGAGCUAGAGUCACAAACUCUGAGAAUGUGUGUAUGUAAAUAGACGAGUAUUAAAAAACGUAUUUUAGAAACUGAAGGAUAUGAAAACCCUAAUGGGGAUCAAAGAAUUUAUUUUGCUAUGAUUCCAGAAUUUUCUGACAUAUUCAGGAUUAUUUCAACCAGUGAAGUAUUAGAUAAAGAGUGAAGUAAAUAUUCAUGUGCCAUUAAAGCUUGAUGUAGGGGCUACACUUUGUAGUGUUUCUCUUUUUGCAUUAUUUUCCUGAUCAGUUUUAAAAUUAUUAUUUGGUCUAUAAAAAUAUAAGAUGAUGAAAAAGUCUCAUCAGUUUCCCAUUGCAAACGGGCCACACCAACAGUUGAAAUUUUGAGCUUAAUGCUACAUUUACUUCCUGGAUGAUUUGCUGUCAGAAUGAUGGACGUUUAGUUUAACACUCAAGACCGUUGAGUCACGCAGUCUGAAUUUUUUCCAACUUCCCCUUGACGAGGAAACUGCUGCUGCUGGUCGUAAAAAGACAGCUCUUUAAUCCCCCCCCCCCCCCCCCUCGUUGCUUGAUAUCCAAAAAUUGCCUCUAACUAAAGAAUUGAUUUGGUUACACAUUUAUGUUGGGUCUCUGUAGAUAACAUUGAGUAAGGCCUGCUCUUUUGUUAAGUGUCUUGAGAUAACAUUUGUUAUGAAUUGGUGCUGUACAAAUAUUUGAUUGAUCGAUUGAUUGUUACACAUUUCGAUCAAAAACAAGAAAACUAAAAUCUCAGGCUUUUGUGUUGAAUUCAAAUUCUUAUUCGGGCUCACAUGUUUGAAUAGUUCCCCUUUGGAUCAUCCCUUUCUUAAAAAAAUACUUUUCACUAAAGCAAAAAGGAAAAAAGGUUUCCAGCGAGUCACCAGAAGUAUGGACAAAAUACUGUUUUAUAUCCAGUCAGGGGCUUCAUUUUGUUCAUGGUUUUAUGAAAAGUGAAAUGUACAUGAUGAGUCUGCAGGGGCAAACAAAACCCUGGAGAACAAAUGAAAUCACAUUCAUAUUGAAGUUUGAACUGAUCUAAAGAAGUCUGCACAGACAGAAAGCACACAGGGAAGGUGAACAGAAGAUGAACUUGAUAACGGACAAACUGUGCAACAGUGGAACAGAAGACGUGUUUUUUUAUUUAUUCCUUUAGUAACACAUGUUAUGAAGUAAACUUGAUACCAAUAAAUAUUCUAUAUGUUGGCUCUGUGACAGACUUAAGUCAAUGUGAUUUUUAAAACUAAUAUUUAAAAAGGAAAUUCCCUUUUCUGAUUUAAAUAUAUCUCAAACAUUAGACAUAGUAUUUACCCACAGAAGGACUUUAUUUCAUGUGUAUCUUGUUUUCUGUCUUUAUUGUGCGUGUCGUUUGUCAUCUUUUUUUAUUCGUCUGGAUUUUGAAACAAAGUAAAGUAAAGUGGAGUCUGAGUGUGUGCGCGCUGACUGUAUUCAAUGUGGUUGAGGUAAAGUCAGAUGGUGGUUUCUCCAGGUCUUUGGACCUUUUCUAGACAUUUUAAAAACACAGGAUAUGACGAUGUAAAGUUGUGCUAUUUGUGGGCGAGCUCCAGGGAACAUAACACAGUUGGGAUGUCAAAGAAGUUACAGUGUAUUUCCUCACAGUGUUUUUUUUAUACUGUAGUCUGGAUGGGCUGGGUGAAUGAUGAGUGAGUCAAUGAGAAACAGGAUGAGAAGUGUGUUUUUUAUUUGCUUUGAUUACUGUUGUAAACUUGUAAAGUGUAUUAAUAUGAAGGAUAAAUGAAAUGAGAAAUUUGAGUCUUCUCUUCUGGAGUUAUGUACAUAAGACACUUGAUGACUUUUGCUACAACAUAAAGUUAUGAUAAUAAAAUGUUUUGAAAAUCCCA